AUGGAGCCACACACUCCAUCUCCCACUCAAGAGAACAAUGAGCGUGCUAUGGCGCGGCUUCCAAGCUACUACCGACCCCUGCCAUCCUUCACUGAGAUAGGCGACGUUAUGACUAUCCCACAGGGGUCUGUGGGCACCCAGGAUCGGCCUCCUGGUAAAUGGGCCGAGUUGGUGUGGGAUACGUCCUGGAAAGCAACGGCCACGGGCCAGCAACUGAAGAGAAAGCUCCUCCUAGAGCUGUUAAAGAGGCCGCCAGUGAGGGAGUUGAUGGCCCGACCUGGUUUCUUCUUUUCCGGCAAGCGGGAGGAGGAAAGGAUUUCCGACAAACGCGCGAACAUUGAAUCAGCUGUCAUACAGUGCAUGGGGGAAGUCCAGGACCCACCAUGCACCAGCUGUAUGAGGCUCCAAGGCCCCUGGUCUAAAUGCGUCGCUUUGGCGGACGGCACCGGCGACGCCAGGGCCUGCGCAGGCUGCCGGUGGAACGGCCAGUAUAAGCGCUGCAGCAUCUGGAAGGCUGCACAAGAGCAGUCGACCUCGGGUGACGUGGGGGCGGAUGCUAGCAAGUCCCGAUACAGCGAGAAGGACUAUCGCAACUGGACUUCCGUUCUGGAGACCGUGGAAUUCAUGGCAGAGGCUGCUCAAAUGGUUCGCUCAGCCGCUGGCAACCACCCUGUACAGAGCGAGAAAGUAAUGUUGAAUCGCCUUGCUGCACAGAUCGAGCUGCUGCUAAGGGUCGGAAAACCCGCUCGUGAUAGCCUAUCGGAGUUAUGGCCUAACCCAUCUCCCUCUAACCCUGGCUCUAGCCAGGGUUAG